AUGUUGCUCUCGAGCCUGUUGUACCCUCAGUCCUCGCAACUUGUCAACUGGGGCCUACCAAGUGCUGCCAUCGAGGGUGCGAGCCCUCAAAAAAAGAAUCCAUCGGGUGCCGCCGAAAAGGCAACGCGGCUGGGCGGCUCGCCCGAGAAACCGCACGUCAAAAAGGCAUCGGCUCCAGACCAGCGCUUCCGGCGGCAAAGCGUGCUCGCUUGGUUAAGCGAUCUGCGCCCUCUCACCUACACGCACGCCCACACCCGCAGAACCAGGCCAUCGCAUCUAGCCUGGGCUGGCAAAACUGGCGCAGUCCGGCUUGCCAUGCACCAGCGAGCACGAGGUCGCCAUGCCGUGGCGCCGCCUGACCGCAGCCUUCACGGAGACGAGGCUUCCGAAAUCGGUCAUCACUCGCCGGGCAUCCAAGACUGCAGGCCGAGGGCGAACGGAGGAGGCGACGAUGGCUCCAGCAAAUUCUCCGACCCGGCUUCGAAUGGAGGCAGGCAUGUAGGCGAGUGGGAAACAGAGCGGCUAUGUAAUCUCGUCGAGGGCAAGCAGAAGGUGGGAUUCGGAAAAAAAAGCAUGUUCCGGCGCAGCGAGCCUUCGGGGCUGUGCUCGGGAGGUGCUGGUGGGAGUUUGUAG